CAACCUGUCCCGGAUCGGUCUUGACGAUAACGACUCCAUUGCCAUCCCCCCAUACCAUAUAAGAUCGUGAUAAUGGCUUCACGACCUUCGAAAAAGAGGAGGCUGACCCCACCCCAGUCGGACGAAGACGAGGGCCCGCGUCACAAAAAAUCCAACGCGAAAAUCCAAAAGGCAUUUCUGACGAAUGCAGCCAGCUGGAACCUGGAACAAAACUAUGAGGCGAGGGCGCGCAAGUCCAAGAAGAAGGAGAAGGAGAACAACCGCCUCCCGCUCAAACUUCCGGACGGGCGCAUACAGCAUGUUUCCGCACCUGUGGACGAUCUGAAAUCCGUUGAGAGCGACGAUGACUGGCUCGAAGGUGCGGAGAAUGGGUCUAACGACGACGACGAGGAAGGAAAGAGGAGAAGGCAAGCUGAGGAAAAGCCUAAGAUACCCGAGCGUCAACAGAUACUCGAAGCGAAGGAGGAGCUGGCGAAGAUAGCUCUUCUGCUCAACGAAAACCCCGAGGAGAACGCCGGCGCAUUCAAAGCUCUAUCCAGGAUUGGCCAGUCCAAGAUUCCUGCUAUUCGGAAACUCACACUGGCUACCCAACUAGCCGUAUAUAAGGAUGUUAUACCGGGCUACAGGAUACGACCUGCUUCGGAGGCUCCACCGGGGGAGAAAUUAUCCAAAGAUGUGAAGACGCUGCGGACAUUCGAACAGGCUCUAGUUUCGGGCUACCAGGCCUACAUAAACGACCUCGCCAAGUACGCGAAGGCGGGACGUUAUCGGGCGGGUGGAGACGACAUCGCGAGUCUCGCCAUAACCUGUGCUUGUACACUACUGACGGCCGUGCCGCAUUUCAACUUCCGAGGCGAGCUUAUCAAAAUCCUCGUCGGAAAGCUAGCUUUCUUUGGCAGGAGACAUGUCGACGACGACUUUAGUAAAUGUCUUAGGGCCAUCGAAACACUCUUCAAGGAGGAUGAGGAAGGAAGGCCUUCUAUGGAAGUCGUCUCGCUCCUCUCUAAGAUGAUGAAGGUCAGGGAGUACCAGGUCGAUGAAAGCGUCCUCUCGCUCUUCCUACAUCUCCGUAUCCUCUCCGAGUUCUCGGGGAAAGCGUCCACGGACGCCGUGGACCGCUCUACGGACGGUCCCAAGACCAAGAAACCCAAGUUUAAGAAGGUGUUCCGGACGAAACGAGAGCGCAAGCACAUCAAAGAGCAGAAGGCGUUGCAGAAGGACAUGGAGCAGGCAGAUGCGCUCGUCAGCCACGAGGAGCGGGAGAGGAUGGAGGGCGAGACCCUAAAGCUCGUCUUCGCGACGUACUUCCGCAUCCUGAAACAGCGCGUGCCGCACCUCAUGGGCGUCGUCCUCGAGGGCCUGGCCAAGUACGCGCACCUCAUCAACCAGGACUUCUUCGGCGACCUUCUCGAGGCGCUCAAGGACCUCAUCCGGCACAGCGAAAACGCGCUUGAGGAGGACGACGAGAACGGAGACGAGGUUCAGAAAGAAGACCGGGGUGAGGAAGAGGAGGAAGACGGCGACGAUGACGACGGCACCGGCCGCAACCCCACCCGCGAGGCUCUCCUCUGUACCACAACCGCCUUCGCCCUGCUCGAGGGCCAGGACGCGCAUAACGCGCGCGCGGACCUGCACCUCGACCUUUCCUUCUUCACGACGCACCUGUACCAGGCGCUGCUCCCGCUCUGCCUGAACCCGGACCUCGAGCUCGGCGCGCGGUCGCUGCGCCUGCCGGACCCGGACUCGCGCCCGUCGGCGAGCAGCAGGGACCGCGUCGUCAACCUGCAGACGACGACAGUGCUGCUGAUCCGCAGCCUGACGGCGGUGCUGCUGCCGCGGUGGAACGCGCGGUCGGUGCCGCCGUCGCGGCUCGCCGCGUUCGCGAAGCAGCUCGCCACGGCGUCGCUCCAGCUGCCCGAGAAGUCGGCGCGGGCGGUCCUCGGGCUCGUCGCCGACGUCGCCAACGCCCACUCCUCCUUCUCCUCGUCCGGCGCCGCCCAUCGCCGCACCGGCGGCACCCUCGCCGCCCUGUGGAACACGGACGAGCGCCGCGGCGACGGCACCUACAACCCCCGCAGCGCCACCGUCGAGGGCAGCAAUCCCUUCGCCGCCACCGUGUGGGAGGGCGAGAUCCUCCGUCGCCACUACUGCCCCCACGUCCGCGAGGGGCUGCGGAUCAUCGAGGGGAUCGUGUCCGAGAGGUGAGAGGCUUACAAGUCACGACGGUGGGAGACGAGGGAGGAAGAUGCGCUCUGGAGAGAAAAGGGGGAGGAGGGAAUUGUAUGAAUGGCUUAUCUAUUACGUGUCUGGCUUAUGCAUAUACGUAGAUAGAUGGAUACCCACAAUAGCGACAACCAAAAUAUAGCAAAUCAUCUCGUAGGGCACAAGCAUCAACCCCUACUACCGCACUUGGCAAUAUCUACAACCUUGAUCGCAUUUUCCAUACCAUCUUCUGUCUACCUACGUUCCCGAGACAGCGCAUGCAUAAGCCGUCGUCGUUCCCGGGUUCGCUACCCUAUCCU